GUUAUUGUGGUUAUUAGCGUUAUUAGUGUUUUAUAGUGGGUUGGCAAGAAAGGAAUGGAUCAGCAGGCGAAAAGAUAAAUAAGUGAAUCAGGUGGUAGAAGCAUACGUGCAUCAUUACAACGAAAUUCCGAAACCACUUCAAAAUAUGAUUGACAUUAAUAUUUAAGGUGGCAGAUGUACGGUACCCAUCCUAGCCAGUUACUCUCCGUGCUCUCGGAUAGAAACGAAAGAAAUUGGUGCAUUUAUUUUGCAGGAAUGCUUGCAGUUGAAGGAUUACACAUCUUAAUUCAAUAAAAAUGAGGACAGUGUUUGUUAAUGAUAAACAGUGACAUUAUACACUGUCAGCUGUAUUGCUGUGCUUAAUCCAUCUGACCAAAAGGUUAUGAGUGACUCCUGGUCUCAGACUUUUUAUAUUGGCAUUUCUAGAAAUCUUUUUAAUCUGUGUUUUAACUUACAUCAGAGGAAAGAGCCUCAGUGAUUUUUGUGAUGGAGAACCAGUGAAUUAUUGUUUUUGCCAAGAAUUAAUAUAUGGUGAAUGGUAACUGAAAUUAAUCACAAUGGAUGUCUUGAACAAACUCUGUUCUACUGUCAGUAGUACAGUAUCACAGCUGUCGAGUGUUCUCCCAGGAAACCCAGUGACUCGAGAGUUUGAAGCCACUUGCCACAUAGCUAGUGCUGGUCCAGGAUUGCUGUGGAAAAUAUACCAGGGCUAUAAGAAAUCUACUAAACAGGAAGCAGCUAUCUUUGUCUUUGAAAAGCGGCAGCUAGAAAGAUGGCCUCGUGGCGACAGAGAGGCUAUGUUGGAAACACUGAGAAGAGGGGUCUCACAACUCACCAGACUAAGGCAUCCUCAGAUUCUAAUUGUUCAACAUCCAUUGGAAGAAUCUCGGGAGAGUCUGGCAUUUGCUACAGAGCCUGUAUUUGCCAGCCUUGCUAAUAUCUUGGGCUCAACAGAGAAUAUGCCUUCUCCUCCUCCCACACACCUUAGAAAUUACAAAUUGUUUGAAGUAGAAAUCAAAUAUGGUCUCCUGCAGGUAGGGGAGGGACUAGCAUUCCUUCACAGUGAUGUGAAACUUUUACAUCAUAAUAUCUGUCCUGAAGUAAUUGUGGUCAACCAGCAAGGUGCCUGGAAGAUAUUUGGCUUUGACUUCUGCAUACACAACCAUAACACACAAGACUCACAGGAGCCAUACUGGCCCUUUGUAGAAUACAGCCCCACACUGCACCCAGUGGCACAGCCAUCUCUUGAUUACUUAGCUCCUGAGCAUGCCCUUACUCUGAGCCACUCUCCAGCCAGUGACAUGUUUUCCCUUGGAAUGCUCAUCUUGGCUCUGCACAAUUCAGGUCAGCCUCUCAACAACAAUAAUGGUGACUGGAGCUCUUACAAAAGGAAUGCUUGUGAGCUAAAACAGCUGCCUGCUUCACGAUUGUUGUGUGUAACGGAUGGACUACGAGAGUUUGUCAGAAUGAUGUUGAAUGUCACACCAGAAUUGAGGCCUGAUGCACAUCAAUUUACCAAGAUUGAAUUUUUUGAAGAUGUGGGAGUAAAAACUCUUAACUAUUUGGACUCAUUAUUUCAAUGGGACAACCUCCAGAAGUCUCAAUUCUACAAGGGGUUGCCCCAGAUUAUACAGAAUCUGCCACACCGAGUCUGUAUAUAUAGAAUACUUCCAUGUUUGAUGAAAGAAUUUGUGAAUCCAACCAUGGUUCCAUUUGUUCUACCAAAUGUAUUAUUAGUGGCAGAGAACUGCAGUAAAGAGGAGUAUUCACAGCAUAUCCUUCCACAUUUAAAGCCUGUCAUGAAGAUGCAGGACCCUAUUCAGAUUCUGUUGAUAUUUAUGCAAAAAAUGGAGCUGCUGUUGAAACUGACACCAGCAGAAGAGAUCAAAACUGAUGUACUGCCGAUGCUAUAUCGAGCACUUGAGUCAGAUGCUCAACAGAUUCAAGAGCUAUGUCUGUCUGUGCUGCCAACAUUUGCGGGACUUAUUGAUUAUCCAGCCAUGAAAAAUGCCUUGCUGCCACGUAUCAAGCGCCUCUGCAUUGCUACUUCCUAUAUCUCAGUGCGUGUGAAUUGUCUUGUAUGUGUUGGCAAGCUGUUGGAGCACCUAGACAAGUGGUUGGUUCUUGAUGAAGUGCUUCCGUUCCUGCCUCAGAUUCCUUCCAGAGAACCUGCUGUGUUAAUGGGAAUACUUGGGAUCUACAAAUUAGCAUUAACACACAAAAAACUUGGAAUUACAAAAGAACUGAUGGCAACAAAAAUUCUUCCAUUUCUUAUGCCACUAAGUAUAGAGAAUGGACUGACAUUGAAUCAGUUCAAUGCAUUGAUGACUGUGAUAAAAGAGAUGGUAAGCCGGGUGGAAGGAGAACAUCGUACAAAGUUGGAGCAGCUCAAUUCCAUUCAACAAGAAUCCAAGUCAGUUUCUAUUAAUCUCUCUACCAACAACAAUCCGUCACAGCUGGUGCCUGCCCCUCAGCCUCAAUCAGAGCUGGACCAGAUGUUUUCAGGCCUAGGGUUGGACAGCUUUAUAGGAGGAAAUGAGAAAAAUGAAACCUCAAAGACUCCCCAAGUCAAUGGGAAUAUUAAUUCCAGUACAUCACUUAGUUUACAAGAUAAGCAAAGGCUGGUCAUGCAGCAAGAGACUCAGCAAAGAUUGCAAGCUCAGCCCGUACUCACUCCGUCAGCUCCAGCACAAAGUAAAGCACAGACAUCAGUGAAGGAUCUCACUGCCACAUUAGUUGAAAGUAAUUUAAAUCAGAUCAAAUAUACCCGGCCACACAUACAAACAGGAGACCAAGUGGGGGGCACUGGAUGGCAGAAUGCUGUCAGACCUGGGGCAUCACCACAAGGCUUUGGUGCAUUUCAGACUGCUCCUGUUGGUGCACAGUGGCAAUGGCACUCACCACCUCCAUCUUUCAUGCCACCCCAGCAAUCUGUGUUCACAUCUCCACACCAGAAAAGCUCCCUAGAUUCACUUCUUCCAACAGCAGAUAAACUUCCAAUGAACAGAAUGCAAGCCCCUAUGCAACAGCCUCUCAUCACAGUGUCACCAUUCCAGCAGCCACAACAGCAGCAGACUAAGGCACUUUCAUCUUCUGAAAUCAAUGACUUCCUUAGCUAGCCUGUACUAACAAUGAGCAACUGGGCUGUGUGCCCAGUUUUUUAGAAGAGCCACUAGUACUAUUGACAGCACGGAGACAGAACUUAAGUGAGGUAAGUGAAGAUAUCAUUAUCAGUAUCCAACUCUACUGUCUGUGUUAUUCAUAGUUGGCCAGAAAGAAUUGGAAGUCAUCUGUCUUUGUCUGAAAUAGUGCUUUAUUGAAAGGAUUGUUCAUUGCUUACCACUUGUAUUUUAAUUUAAUACUGUAGUGAUAAAUUGCAGUAUUCCAUUUUAACAUAAUUUAUCAUUGAUCCUUUUGUGCUAUCUCAGAGCUAAUCGAUGGAUUGGAUAUGUUCUACACAUAAACAUCCAUACUGUGAACAGGUUUCACACAUAGUCAUAAGCAGAAGCUCUCUUUGUUUCAAAGAUCAGAAACGUUGUUGAGAUAAAAAUUUGUGAUGACCUAAUGUCUGCCAAUGUUUCUCAGACAUAGCUAUUCUGACUGUGGCAUACUAAUGGGUGUUUGAAAUUUUGUAAUGUGAUGUGAUUAAUAAAAACAUUGAUCUAGCCAAAUCUUUGAUCAAAAAUGAAGUAAUUUAACUCUGGUCAUUCAGCAUUGCCAUAUAAUAUUUGGCUUAUUGAAACGUUUAUGUGCAAAUUAGAUGUACAUGUCUGCCAUUAUUUUUUCCACUUGUAUACAAGUGUGACAGCAGACAGAGUUUGGAUUGGUAAUUGGAUUUAUUGAACACUUAUAUGAGUACAGACAACUUGUAACUACAAGUAACUGUAGUGCUAUUGCUAAUUCACACUCUGCAAUUUACUACAGCACACACUAAAGUUUUCCCAUCCUGCUUUGUCUUCAUCAGUUUGCUGGUCACAGCUUCCAAUGGCAGACAUUCCCACUUCCUGUGGAUUCCUGAACUGUCCUUAUCCCUUAGCUACCAGUUUCUAACAGAAACAGCGCACAAAGACUGAAAUGCAGCAGUCCUCUAACUCACUCACCAGCCAGCUGAUUCCACUCCAUUAACUAACUCUCGGGUUGGCGGCCAUCUCACACCAACCUCCUCCUCUUCUCACUGCAAUCUCAAGACUCUCUUCUAACAGCAGCUGAUACAAUCUCGGUACGGACCACGCAGAGAACACUGCCCCCAGCUGCCCUUCCAUUGUUGCAUGUCUGUUGCAGUCAUUACCUAUCAGUGGCUGUUUUAUGGCUGCUUAUUUCAUGGUCAUUGCCUGGCAGUGGGUCUACAUGUCACAAUAUUUUUGACCAUAUUUCUGUAUAAUUUUCAAAUAUAGUUUUGAAGAGGCAGAAAGUCUGUACUACGGUGAGGUUUGUUUUCUUUCAGAAUCUGCAUGACUAAGAAUAGUUAUACAUAGUAUUCACUGUAUAAAUGCUGCCGUAAGCCCAUCACAUUCCUCAGUGAACCUAUCUUGAUUAGUCAUUUUCAUAGCGUUACAAGUGUAAUGCCUUGUACUUUGAAAAUAUUCAGCCCUGCUGAAAUUUUAUAUUUAUGUGUGGUUUUAAUAACCAAUCAGUGAAAGAUUUUUAUAUCUGGAAAAAUGAUGGCUGGCAUAUUGAAUGGGUUUGAUGUCACCAGUGAGGGUUUUCUCUGGUCUCGCCAUGGUGACGUCUGAUAUUUUUUGUCUGGAAUUUGCGGGGGAGGGAUAAUUAAAUAAUUCAAAGUGUAUUUGUGCAAUUAUAAUCUUUUAUAUAUGUGCAGGUUCAGAUUUAGGUAAUUGUACAUUCCAGAUAACAUAAAACGAGAAGGUUUACUUCAGUUUUGAAUCCUGUUGAUAGCGUGGAUUGUUGUGUGGUACAUUACUUCAGAUUGGCUCUUGGAGAGCACAAAAGGAUUUAAAAAUAAACUAUAUUGGUUGUGCAGGAAUACUGUUAAAGGUAUCAAUGUCAUUAUAUUUGUCUGUUAUGUAUGAAAAUUGUUCCAAAAGAGUGUUUGUUUUGUUGUACAUAUAUUUGAAUAAUAUCCACUUAGUAUGGGUUUUCUUGUAAGAUAAAGCUCAUUGGACAUUAAAGUAAAUGCACUUAAUGUAUGUUAAGCAAACAAGAUAAAAUGCAUAUACUUACCAGAGCAAAGACUGCCGAGUGAAUCAGAAGUGUAAUGUACCAUUGUCCCUCAUUUAACUAAUUCUUAAUUGUAUAUAGUAUGUGAAAGUGCUCAUGCACACGCAUGUAAUGUUUUUAAUGUAAGUAAAUAUUCCAAGGAGUAGCGGGAGGAUGCCAAAAUAAGUAAGGGAAUUAACUCACCCUAUAUCCAGAAAUAUAAAAUAUAACCAUUUUUCUAUAUAAGGUACAUAAGAAUGAAAGGGUGGAUUAAAUGCAGCAGAAGGGUUAAUUGUGUAUUCUUAAAAUCUAGGUGUAUUUGGUCCUUAUUUCUUUCUUCCCCCAGCCGCAUGUUUUCUUUUUCCAUCCAGAUAAUUUUCUCGCUGGUUUGUAUUUGAUAUUGUCAUAUGUCGGGUAUGUCAUGUGACAUAUAACUUCACGCCAUCAAGGAUGUAGUGAAUAUUUAUUGUGCUUCGCUUCCACACUCUCACACUAUACAAUUAUUAUCACUUGCAGUAUCACAAUUACUGCUUCCACUAUAUCUUGGCGAAUACUAGACUGCCUUCGACCCGACUCCCUUAAGACUCCAACUUAUACUGAAUGCUCAAUCCUUCUCAGUAGUGUUCGCUGCUCCUUAUAUAGGCUUGGCAUGGACCACUGGCUGCUCGGCAACAUAUCAGGUAUUGUUGUCAGGUGUGUUUACCUAUGCAUUGCCUAACAAUAGAUGCCCUACUAUUGUGUGACAUCACAGCCUAGCAGGGAGGUGUGUUUACCGAGCAUCUUACAGCGACGAGCUGAGUGGAGAUAUGUGAUGUCACUCGCACUUCCUGUUGCACUAUCCAAGCGUUCACAGAGUUGUCGCCUAGCCAUGCGCUGAUACAGUGCACAACUCUCACGUUGUGCGUGUGCCCUGAGGCCUCUGUGGCUCAACAGUUCCUGCAUAGAGCCAAUACACCACAGUAUUCUGUUCAUCUUCAAUUUGUAUAUGUGUUGUGGUUGGUUCUUUUGAUAGUCUGUAAUUUCACUGAUAAUAUUUUAAUCCCCCCCCCCCUGAUAUUUGUAUUUCAGUGCUAAUCUAGUCUUAUGGAUACCCAGUAAAGGUUAGAAGCAUCUCAUUUGUGUUGCAUUCAAUCUCUUAUUAUCCUUGUUCUUCAGUAUUUGUGCCUGAAUAGUACAUUUUGCAGUUGUUUUGAUGUGAUAUGUAUUUCUUGUUUUUAUUUUAUUCCUCCCAGAAGUUCUCAUCUGACUUGCAGGAUAUCCCCCUAAAUGAUAGUGCCUAAAUGUGUUUGUUGUGUCUCACAUCUUCUGCAAGAUAUUGUUUACUGUUAAUUCUAAAACUGUUGUUAGAAUGGAAACAUGCAUGAGGAAGGCAUAUGAAUGUGUCCUCCACAUUCUUCAGGUUAAACUGCAGGUCCUCUAAGGUUUCAAACCACUGCUAAAUCGGGUUCUUUGUGUGGCCAAAAGAUUGAAAUAUAUUGGUUUCAGGCCUAGAUGUUACAGAGGCCAAGAGACAUGGACCUUGGUACUGAUGGUUCCUGUGUAGGCGGAGAUUGACACAAUGCAAACACUUAUUUUCACUAAUAAUAUUGUUUGUACCUUCCUUAGUUAUUAACAGACAUUAGAAACUGAGGUGGCUAUCUCUCUAUAAUGAAGAUUUCCAGACAUGUUAUCUAUUAUGCACAUUCCAUACACUGUAUUGUGGUUUAUUUCUAUUCACGACUGGGCACUUGCAUUAAAAAUACCAUUUUUCAAAUAAUCAAUGAAGCGCUUUGUUAAUAUGUGUAAAGUAAACCAGGUUGCUCAUAAUUGCAUAUGAAGUGGCCAGACAUUGGUAAAUCAAGAAGGUGUCUCUGUACUGAAACACAUACCAUGGAGGAGUGGAGAUAGAGCUUCACAUGUUCUUAACCUCAGCGCAAGAAGGAAGCGAGUGAUAAGCUUCAUGCCCCACCUCUUCAACCGUAAGGAAGGAGGCCUUAGUUAGCAGCUGAUAAUAGGCUUGGUGGGCACCAGAGCUGGUUCAGACAUUUUCACAAGAAUAUCCCUGGCCCUGACAGAAUUGAAUAUAGUCAUCCAGCUCAUAGCCAGUUACUUCAGUGACUGAAUUUUCUUGGUUCUCUGUAAAACAUCUGUUGAUGAAGAUAGAGAGGGGUGAUUCUAAUGGAGACCAAAUGAAUUAACCCUGUUGUUUUGUUUGGUUGUUUUUAAAGCUGUUUUCUUUUCAUAAAUGUUUAAAAAAAGAUAGAAUUGUCAUCACACCAUGAAGAUGUAUAGGGUAGAGGAGGUAUAGCUCCACCAUACUUGACCUCAGAUGGAGGUGAAUGGUCAGAUUCACCUUCUAGUUGCUUUACCCCUUGGUAAAGAGCCCCCAGUACCCACUGGAUAGGAGACUGGGUAGGACUCAGAGCUGGUCUGGACACUGGAGUGGAGAAAAAUCUCUUUCCUGUUGGGAAUUGAAACGCAGCUGUCAGGCCUAUAGUCCAUUGCUAUAUUGAUUGAGCUAUCCUGGAUCAUACUUUUCAUAAAUGUAUGCAGUUUAAAGUUUCUUUCUGUGCAUUUGUGACAUAUUAGUAUUUGUCAUCUUAUGAGCCAAUGCCUGGCAUUGGUCUGAGUUGAGUCUUGGUAGUUAGUAAGAGCAGGAAAUAAGUCUUAUGUACUCAAAAUUAUAAUAAAUUGUUUCACUACUUAUAUAUUAAUAGAUGACUCAAAGAAUUUUAUGGAUAACUUUUGUGACUUCUGUCACAAGAUCUGUUCAGGAAAGAAAAUUACAACAAGGAAAACUGCAUCUGGAUUUAUUGGAGGCAAAAAACAGAUAAGCUGUGCAUAUGUUACCACAGUGAUACAUUUUAGAGUUUUGAUCACCUGUUGUUAUAUAAGAACUGGUAUUGAUUUCCCAUAUUAUAUAUAUAUAUAUACACACACACGUAUGUUUCCAUAUAAAUUAAAUUGAAGUAAUCUGCACUGUAAUACAUGUAUUUUUUUUUUUGUCCAUUGAAGCAGCUUAUUUAAUAAACCAGAAUAUGCAACACACAUUUUCCAGAAUGUUACUCUUGUCGCUAGUGCAUAACUAGCAUAAAUAGAACAAUAUUUUUAUUCUUGUAAGUUCAGCCACAUUAUUCCGAAGCUGAUCAGUUCCAGUACUGUCAAAUGUUCUUAAAGCAGAAGAUGAAUUUGUAUUUUUGAAAUGUUAUUAGUUUUUAUCAGUUAUAUACAAUAUAAAUUUUAUUUGUCUGCUGUUAAAUGUUAAGUUAUUUCUGUCAGGGAAGAAAGACAGUUGUCAUGCCAUCACGUAUGGUAUAUCAUAGAAAUGCUAGUUAUGUGUUUUGCUUCUAGUCAAAAUUGUAAAGACUUCCUGUCCAGUAUAUAAAUGGGAGUUAUGUGGCAGUGCUAUAUCUACCAUUGUUUAGUAUAGGCACUGAAAUGGUCCUCUGAAAUAACUGUGCUCUAUGCAUAAAAAUAAAACAUGCUGUGUCUUUCUCUUUCAUGGUA